GGACCAUUGUUCGCCGAACAAAAGGGAGGUUGCCGCAUAGCAGGGCAAACGCACACCGUAUUCUUUUGCUGUCUGAUACAGGCGCAAACGUGCAUUAUGUCCUGCACCACUAUUGACCCAUAUUCCAGCAGGAAAUAACUUUCAUCGUUUGUCCAGCGUAUUAACAAUCUGGGACACUAAAUUUAACGAACAGUGGAUACAAGAUCGGAACUGCCGAUACUGGAUAUCUAACUUCACAGAAACCAUAGGUCGGAAGAACGAAGCGGGCUGUCCGACGUAUGUGUCUUUAUCAAACCUGAUUGUGUUGCCAAUUAACACACUUUCAUUAUGGAUGAGGAAGUCAUCACUGCAAUAAGGUACGCUGUGUCCGUUUGUUCUAUUCUGGCCAUCGUCGCGAAUUCAAUCGUUAUUACGGUAUUCGCCGUUACAAAACAACUUCGCAACAAGUACUACGCUUUCAUCUUUAACCUGGCGUUGGCCGAUGGCCUCUUUGCUGCCUUUAACAUCGCAGUCCCUUGGACAGACAAGUCGUCGGCCUCGGAUGUUUGGGCCGGUUUAGUCAUCGCAUCCUUCACGGUGUCAGUGUUGACUAUUCUGGCUGCGGCUAUCAAUCGUUAUCUGGCCCUGUCCCUCACCCCACCGGCUCGCUACGACGCACUGGUGACAGGAUAUCGUCUGGCGGGAGUUUGUGCCAUUCUAUGGGUUUGUAGUAUACUAUAUGGCUUUCUGAUACGUAAUGUCGCGGCGAGCGGUGUGUACCACGUUAUACAACACCUUGUUUACUCCCUGGUAUUAGUAGUGAUUUGGUUUAUCACCGCGAUUGCUUACUUUCUGGCUUUCCGUAAGGUCAAACAGUACACCCCACCACUCGCAUCCACUCCAGGAAUCUCUGUUAACGCGGACUGCGAUGAUGACACGCGCGCUAGGCAGACCCGCCGUUUAUUGGUCAUUUUCACUUGCGUUCUCCUUAUGUCAUUCAUCUCCUGGGUACCUUAUGGCAUGUUGUGGAUGGUUGUCUAUUUUAAUACUUCUCUGUUGUAUAAUGCUCAUUUUUUGGCGUUUUUCUGGGGAAUUUACUUCAUGUAUUGCCUCUCUACCGUGAUCAAUCCCCUGAUUUAUUGGUGUGGAUUAAAUGCUUUCAGAGAGGGUUUUUAUGCGGUAUUCUGUCGCUGUGUCGUCAAGUCGGACAAUGGAAGGACCGACAUCGAGCCUAUUACAAACGAGAAUACAGUUGUAGAUACAGUAUUGUAAGCAUUUAUAUUCAUGCUGUCAAUAUUCUGGCUUUUUAGGGGCAAGGUAGUAUGACUUAGCACUCAUUAACAAGAAGCUUCAUUAUGGAUAGGUCAUGAAUAUCUUUUCAAAAUAGCAAUUUAUGGCCUUGAAGACAAAAUGAUAACCGAUAUAGACUUCUAAAAGAUAACCACUCACCCUUACAGCUAAGAAUAAUAUCACCGAUUGUACUAAACGUGAAAAUGUAUAGUUAUGACGAUAAUUGCAAACUGAUUAUGGAGGACAAUUGGUGAUACAAUAACGUAAAUGACAAAUGUGUUUUCAUUUUUCGACUUGAUUUCACAUAAUCAAAGGCUGAUAAUAACAAAAAAAUCUAGAGUAAAUUUUAAUUGGUUAUUGUAGUGAUCUUGUAUUACUGGAGAUGAUGGAGAUCAAGUUUUAUUGGGGUGUUAUUUUAUCAGUUUGUGUUUAAUGUUUUAGCUUCCAUCAUGGUCACAUAGAGUUUGGUGAUAUGGUGAAAAGUUCACACGUUCAAUACAAGAAAACACUGUCUUCCGUCAAAGACAUGUUCACGACAGACAUGCAUGGUUGUGUUGUGUUGGGCAACGGUAUACUGUAGAUAAAGUAGGCCUAUAAUAUGGGCCCCGAAAAUUGUGGUACGAUCUGAGGCAAUUUCUGACUAUUUUCGAGUUUGCAGUCAUUGAAUCGGUUAGUUGUAGCUGUAGAAUCAAAACGUAGGCUAGCACUUUAUAAUUCGGGAACGGAAAAAGUGGGGAGUUGGACAAACGACGAUAUCCCCCACCCCCUUAAAAAUGGGGGGGGGGGGGACAUGUCCGCCCGUCCCCACCGGACGGUCUAGCCAGACGGAAUUGUGGGGUGAUAGCAUUGUGUUCCCAUUAUCCCUUUUUCUAAAGAUUCUCUUCUGGGGUGAUGUUUUUCUAUUGUGAAAAUAGUGGUGUGACGUGUCCUGAAAGGAACAUCACCCCCACAAGGGGGUAUGGUCAGAACGACUGUACAUAUUCCAAAAAGGGCAUCGACAACUCCUAAUGAAUAAUAGCUGUUUAUCAAAGCAUGAAUCCAUAAUGUCCCGAAACCUCCAUGAUAUAAUUGCGUAUCUACAUGAUGUUUAGCUUUUUUUUAUGAGCGACUAUUGAAAAAUCUUGCAAGAAUUAUCUACAAUUUUUUUGAAGGUCGAUUGCUUGGCAGUUACUCACAAUUAUUGAAGAAGCAUAACAUAUUCUAACUUAUAAUGUAUAUUUUGUUUGAGAUUUGGAAAACAAAUUAGGAACAUAUUGCCGAUUAACUGUUUUAAACACUGCUUUUUGUUGAAUUUUAUCCCGAAUAACCAAAAUUGAUUUACACAAAAUGGAGAAGGAGAAUGUCUAGUAGAAAUAGCACGCUCAAUGUAUGUGGAAACAAUGCAAAAGAUGUACUCUCUUAUACUACAGGGUGUCUUUAAAAAAAACGAACCCUAAAAUCCCCUGUUUUUCACAGCUUUAAAAAAAAUACCUCGCAAAUAUAGAAACAUAAAAUAAUGUGGAGAUAAUAGUUCAUUAGAUUUUCACCAAUGAAAAAAAAUCUUGCCAAGCGGGUAAAUAUUUAUCGAGUUAUGGUUAAUUCAAACUAAAGCGCCAAUUUUUUAAUCUGUCCAAGGUCUCAAUUGUCAUCACGGUUAAGUGGAUUUGGGUUGAGGGUAGCUUUUUGCAACAGUGGUCUUUUGGAAGAAAUGGUAGACCUUAAAAUGACUGUUUGGUUAACUUCUUUGAUGUUAUAAUACUGCGCUGCUCUGUCUCGGCCCUCUGCUUGGUAGCCUUUUUUCACAAAUGCAACUUUUGGCCCGCGUUCUUAUUGCGGCAGUCAAAAUAUCAGUCGCCGUGGACAAAAUGAAAAAGCGGUACAUGUAUUCAAUUGGCCAUAAUAUUUGCCCGAUUUGAACGAUUUUUUCGGUGAUGAAAAGCUAAUGAAAUAUACUCUCUACACGUGAAUCGAUAUUUGCGAUUCAUUUUUUAAAGCUGUAAAAAAGAGGAGCUUUUAUUGUUCGGGUUUAUUUUUUAGACACCCACCGAUUGCUUAUUAUAAUACACAAAUAUGUAUGUGGAACUGGGUGUUAAAAGUCGAAAAGUGGAAAGAGGACUCAAUGAUUCUGGUUCUGGUUUUUAAUGCUGGUUUAUUCUGAAUGAGAUGGGAAAGGAAACCAAAUCAUGAUACGGCUAUUCUGAUUGGCUGGGUUUUUUUAUUCUGAUUUGGCUGUGAUUUAAAUAGUAAUGUGAAUUAUUAAACGGAGUACUUUGGGACAACCUACAAAAUUAUGCUCAGAUAAAUUUCCAUUGAAUAUCGAAUUUAUACCUUAAAGGGAAAACUGCGAUACUCACUGAAACAAAUGUAUAAAAUUAAUCAUUUUAUAAUGGUUUUAUUAUUCAACAACUGAUUAUUGGUGGCAAGGUUUUUUGAGUAAUACAUAUUGCACGAUUGUUUUUACAUUAAAAAUGUUAUUUUUAUGGUGAAAAUAAUCAGACUAUUGUGUGAAAUAAAUACUAAAGUAUAAUAAAUCCACUUUGUAAGACGAGUGAUACGAAAAAAAA